GCUUUAACGUCAGACUAGUAAUUUAUUCACAUCUCUGGCAUGCAGUUGAAAUUGCAAGGGCAGCCAGAAAGCAGCACGGUAGAAGAAGCUACCAGAAUUCUGCUGCUGCUCUGUCUGGGAUCAGCAUACAUAAUGCUGAAAUGGUGGCUAUGCACGGAUAUCUGCUGACUGCUUUGUAAUGUUAUGGAUUGGAUUUGGUGAAACAAUAAUUGAUGCCUAAAACAGGAAAUUAGCUGUUUUGGAUUGUAAACUUGAACUGGCAGACUGACAGAAGCUUGACUUCAAGCACAUGGGAAAAUACACAGACGGCGGCAUUUUCUUUACUGCAGUCACAGCAUUGAAGAUUAAAGCUUCAGUAUUUUAGUCAGUUACCUGAAGGAAAUUAAGUGUCUGCUUCCUUGGGAAGUCUGUAUUCAAGAUUUUUCAAGAGAAUUCUAGUUUCUUCUUGGGUGCUGUUGAAGUGAACUGGCCUGCACGUUUCCAGCUCAUUGAAUUUCUUGUCGGAGUUUCUGCAGUGACUAGCUAUUGGAGAAAAGUGACUGCUUGGCACAAUACAAUCGCCAACGGAGUAAUAGAUGUGCUUUGUUUCUGGGUCACACUUGCAUACUCCACGUUAUUGUACGAGCUGUGCUAUCUUUUUCGUGUUCAUGGUUUCUUUCUCUCUCUUUGCCUCUUUCUCUUUGUCGCUCUCUUGCUCUCAUCUGGCCUGUAUUUGAUUAUACUGCGGUGGAGUCAAUUAAAUGAAUCUUCAUGUGAAAUUGUUUUGUACUUUCUCCUGGGUUCUGCUUCGGCUGAUGAAAACCUAUUGAUGAGGAAUAGAAAUUUUGAAGCCUUCUGAUAUGGAAAAUGCACAGUAUCUCUAUGUUUAUAAAUCAGUGAAAAUCUAAACCACAUGAUUUGCCUGCUUUUCUAUUUAAGGAAUGGUGUCAUGUCACCCAUAACAACAGCUACGCUGCAUAGAGGAUACUCUGUCAAAUAAGGAUACCUGUUCAGCAGUAUUAGUUGGCACUAGCAUUGAGUUUACACCGGAACUACUUAUGUAAACCAUAUUGAUAAAACUGGCACACAAUUUCCAGCAUAGUCACUUGUUCUCAGUGACAAGAUAGGAUUGUUAUUUUCCAUCAAAAAGUGCAGGUGUUGUCUGUGAAUCAACGAUUAUAAAAGUAGUCUGUAAACAGGGGAUCGGAUGAGCCGAGUGUGUAUUGUUGUUCUGGAGGAGGUGGACGAUGAAUCUCCUAUUACUACUUCUAAAAAGCGUCAGCAAAAGUACGAGGAUGUGUCAAAGUCUCUUCCACCUGAAGAUGGAAGGCCACCACUGGUUCAAGCUAUUUUUAAUGGAGAUCCUGAUGAAGUCCGCAGUCUAAUUUUCAAAAAAGAGGAUGUUAAUGUCCAGGAUGCUGAGAAGAGAACUCCUUUGCAUGCUGCUGCAUAUCUAGGAGAUGCUGAAAUUAUUGAACUCCUUAUUCUAUCAGGAGCUAGAGUUAAUGCCAAAGACAACAAAUGGUUGACUCCUCUGCAUCGUGCUGUUGCUUCAUGCAGUGAGGAUGCAGUUCAGGUGCUUUUGAAGCAUUCAGCUGAUGUAAAUGCUCGUGACAAAAACUGGCAGACUCCUUUACACAUUGCUGCUGCAAACAAGGCUGUGAAGUGCGCCGAAGCUCUCGUUCCCCUUUUAAGUAAUGUAAAUGUCUCCGACCGAGCAGGGAGAACUGCUUUACACCAUGCUGCCUUCAGUGGACAUGUGGAGAUGGUUAGCUUGCUUCUAUCCCGAGGUGCCAACAUCAAUGCUUUUGAUAAGAAAGAUCGACGUGCAAUUCACUGGGCUGCAUACAUGGGCCACAUCGAGGUGAUCAAACUGCUGGUAGCACAUGGAGCUGAAGUGACAUGCAAGGAUAAGAAAGCUUAUACACCACUUCAUGCUGCAGCUUCCAGUGGAAUGCUUAGUGUAGUCAAGUACCUGUUAGACCUUGGAGUUGAUAUUAAUGAACCAAAUGCAUAUGGAAAUACUCCUCUUCAUGUGGCCUGUUACAAUGGCCAGGAUGUAGUUGUGAAUGAACUCAUUGACUGUGGAGCAAAUGUUAACCAAGUGAAUGAGAAAGGCUUUACCCCACUGCACUUCGCUGCUGCUUCAACACAUGGUGCACUGUGUUUAGAACUCUUGGUCAGUAAUGGGGCAGAAGUGAACAUUAAGAGUAAAGACGGGAAGACUCCAUUGCACAUGACUGCAAUUCAUGGCAGAUUCUCAAGGUCACAGACCAUCAUUCAGAAUGGUGCAGAAAUAGAUUGUGAAGAUAAGAAUGGUAAUACUCCAUUACAUAUAGCUGCGCGAUAUGGACAUGAACUUCUUAUAAACACUCUAAUCACCAGUGGAGCAGACACUGCAAAUCGGGGUGUCCACGGAAUGUUUCCACUACAUCUAGCAGCCUUAAGUGGGUUUUCUGAUUGCUGUCGAAAGUUAUUGUCCUCAGGUUUUGAUAUAGACACCCCAGAUGAAUUUGGCAGGACCUGUCUUCAUGCGGCUGCUGCUGGAGGAAAUCUGGAAUGUUUGAAUCUGUUGCUUAAUAGUGGAGCUGAUUUCAACAAAAAAGAUAAAUUUGGACGGACCUCACUGCAUUAUGCUGCUGCGAACUGCAACUACCAGUGCCUGUUUGCUCUUGUGGGAUCUGGAGCCAGUGUAAAUGACCUUGAUGAAAGAGGUUGCACACCACUUCACUAUGCAGCAGCGUCGGAUACAGAUGGAAAGUGCCUGGAGUAUCUGCUCCGCAAUGAUGCAAAUCCUGGAAUUCGAGAUAAACAGGGCUAUAAUGCAGUGCAUUAUGCAGCUGCUUAUGGGCAUCGUUUAUGUCUUGAACUUAUUGCUAAUGAAACUCCUCUUGAUGUAUUGAUGGAAACAUCAGGUACGGACAUGCUGAAUGAUUCUGAUAACAAGGCACCCAUCAGUCCUUUGCAUUUGGCUGCUUACCAUGGACACCACCAGGCUCUGGAGGUACUUGUACAGUCUCUCCUAGAUUUGGAUGUGAGAAAUAAUAAUGGUCGCACACCGUUGGAUCUAGCAGCUUUCAAAGGACAUGUAGAGUGCGUGGACGUAUUAAUCAAUCAGGGAGCAUCCAUUCUUGUUAAAGAUUUUGUGACUAAGAGAACCCCAAUUCAUGCUGCAGCAACAAAUGGUCAUUCAGAGUGCCUGCGGCUCCUAAUAGGUAAUACUGACCUCUACACGGCAGUGGACAUUCAAGAUGGAAAUGGACAAACUCCUCUGAUGCUCUCUGUUUUAAAUGGACAUACGGACUGUGUAUGCUCACUUCUUAAGGGUGCAAAUGUAGAUGCCAAAGACAAAUGGGGGAGAACUGCAUUACACAGAGGGGCAGUAACUGGUCACGAAGAGUGCGUGGAAGCUUUACUUCAACACAAUGCUAACUUUUUAAUUCGGGACUGCAAGGGCCGCACGUCCCUGCACUUGGCAGCUGCUUGCGGGCAUGUAGGAGUACUUGGGGCAUUGCUUCAAGCUGCAUCCUCAAUGGAUAUUGUUCCUACAGUUUCAGACAAUCACGGUUACACCCCUCUGCACUGGGCUUGUUAUAAUGGUCACGAUACCUGUGUAGAACUUCUGCUGGAACAGGAGGUUUUUCAAAAACUGGAUGGUAACUCUUUUAAUCCAUUGCAUUGUGCUGUAAUAAAUGACAAUGAAGGUUCAGCAGAAAUGUUAAUAGAUGUUCUAGGUGCUAGUAUUGUAAACUCUACAGAUGGAAAAGGAAGAACACCUCUUCAUGCAGCAGCUUUCACAGAUCAUGUUGAAUGUUUACAACUUCUACUCAGCCAUAAUGCUCAAGUAAACACUGCAGAUUUAACAGGGAAAACGCCAAUAAUGAUGGCAGCAGAAAAUGGGCAAACUAAUGCAGUUGAAGUACUGGUCAGCAGUGCAAAGGCCAAUUUGACCCUACAGGACAUGAACAAGAAUACAGCCCUCCACUUAGCUUGUAGCAAGGGCCAUGAAACUAGUGCCUUGUUAAUACUGGAGAAGAUUACUGACAGGAGCCUCAUAAAUUCAACAAAUACUUCAUUACAAACGCCACUGCAUGUUGCUGCACGUAAUGGGCUAACGGUAGUUGUGCAAGAGCUUCUGAGCAAAGGAGCUAGUGUACUUGCUGUAGAUGAGAAUGGAUACACACCUGCAUUGGCUUGUGCUCCAAAUAAAGAUGUGGCAGACUGCUUAGCCCUCAUUCUGGCCACCAUGAUGCCUGUUUCAUCCAGCAGCACUUUACCCACUCUCAGCUUUAAUGCCAUUAAUCACUACAAUAAUCCUUCGAAGACUGUGUCCUUUGACUCUUUACCAAUAAUGAGAAGUGAUCAUAGCUCUUUCUGCAGUUUGAACAGUAUAGGAAGGGAAGAUGGUUACCCUUAUACUGAAGACGACGAACUAAAUGAUUCUGAUUCAGAGACCUACUGAAGACACUGACUUGAACUUUCAUGAUGAAAGCCCUUGAAGCAUGCCCAUAGAUUGAUGGGUUUUUUUUUAAAUGAACACCUUCUAAACUCCCUCAGCCAAGUGGAGAAAUUACAUUAUAGGUUUAAAGUUGAAUUUAUCAAAAAAAAAGACACAGAAGAAUGCAGGUCUAUGGAACAAGAAACGAGCAGCUCCGAGCUUGUAAACAAUGUAGGAAACUAUGGACAAAGUUGAUGGAUGCCAAUGUUGUGUUAUUUUAAAGCUCUUUAUUUCCAGUGCCAGGAUCCAUUUCAACAGCAUACACUGGUUAAUGGUUUGAAUGAGAAGAUUUUUCAGUGCUGGGUGGAAUAGCACUACUAAAAUUAAUGGAGACGUCCAAUCAAAAAUUCCCAAGUCUUAGGCAUUAUUGAAUUUAAUAAAGAAAAUGGUGUAAAAAGAUUGGUGUAUAUCACAUCAUUCGCUUGCAUGAUGAUUUGCCAAAGGGACCAAACAAACUGAUUUUAAAACAAUAAUCUUAUAUAAAAACAAAAUACAAAUACUAGAGAGCUGUAAUUGAUUCUCAACCUGCAAGUUUAAAAACUUUGCUUUAACAGUAUUAAAGUAAACCGUUCAGAGAUUUUGAUGUACAUUUGUUGAUCAAUUCUAGAUCUUACGAGAUUUGCAUGAGUAUAGUCAAGGCAUUGUGUUAGAGUAGGGAGGGAAAGGGAAGAGAAAACUAAAACCUAUUUUUGAGCCAACAGAAAAUGCCCCUUUCCUACUUUUCUAGUUUGGCAUAAGACCGACAGACCUGGUGCAGUUAAGGUGAUGGUUAAUUAAAUAUUAAAAUCGACCAAGUUGUUGUGGAGAGCCACCCAUUCUUUUUGCAAUUUUUCAAACCCAAAUUUUACCAGUGUAUUUUAUAAUAUAAUUGGUAUUUUAAAAUAGAUUUGUAGGUGUGGAAGCCAACUAUACCACAAGUCUCAGAUAGUAAUAUUUCCUGGACUUUGCAAUAUAUUGGACUUUAGUUUUUAAUUGACAUUCACCUUAUAGAUGGUUAACUGUAUUACAGUUAUUUGAGCUACAUUUGUACAACUGUUUGUUUGGUUUUCAAUUUCUUCAGUGCCUUCAUUGUUGUCUGUUUCAUAGUUAUGGAUGUGCAUCAGAGAGGAGACGUAUGAAGUCAUUAUAAUUGAGACUUCUUUCCAUGUUGAGAAGUUACUUUUCAGUACCCAUUUGGCAUAGCUAAAAUGUUGCAGCUCUUCAGUAAUUUGCUUCAGAAUACUUUGAACUGGUUUGACAGGUGUUUGGGAAGAACUUAUCCAGUAUUUCAUGACAGGCAUAUAUUUUCAAUUGAAGCAGGCAGUAUCUUCAUGCUGUGUUGCACGAUUGAAGUAUGAUAGCCCUGCAUUUGGUUCUGUCAAGUCAGAAUAAGCUGUGUCUGAAGGACUUCUACCUGUUACUUGUCAAAAUGAAACUACUUUUUUUUAAGUGCACUACUUGGUACAAAUUAAUUUAGUUAAUAUAGUGCUCCUGAAAUGUAUUCAUUCCAAACAGCAGGCCUGGAGUGCACAAUAAAUGGCUGAUUUUGAUUCAGUUUAGUCCUUUUAAAUCACUACAUUCUGAACAGUUUAUUGUUGCAUUUCAUUUAGCAGUUUCUUUACUUAGUUGUUUAAUGUCAACUACUGUGUGACUUUUACCUAUUUUGCCACUUUUUCAGUUGGUGUGACUUUUCAGCAGUCUUGGAUAAAGGCCCUUAAAAACAGUUCCAUCAGACCAUGGUAUUUUAAUAACUGGAAUCCUUUAAAGUGCAAACUGAUUUCUCAAAGUUUUGAAAUAUGAAAUGGGACAAAAUCUGUGCUGUUUUAAUGUAUUUCUGAUUUGUUUUAUUUCUUUUGAAGAGGUUAAGAUUAUAGCAUGUAUAUAGAAAUUGUGACUGCUUGGUUACCUACCUGCAUUCUUUAAAUACUUUGC